UGAUCUCCUCCUUUCUGCUACAUUUCCUCAACGUCUAAAUCUUCCAACUCCCCAGUCCCCACCUUCCUCUUUUGCAUUGAUUGCGUGUUCCAUCCCAUCUUUUCAAUUAAUACAAGAAGGGGUGGCUAAUGAUGGUUCUUUGCUAGCGUCUACCUGCAACACCCGUUCUGAGUUCUGACUUCUGAAACACACCCUCUCUUGUUCUGUCGGCAGACUCAGGAUCGAGUGGAAAGGCAAUGGAAGGAUUGGUCAGAGGUCUGCUAAAUGUGGCGUUGGGCGAAGGAGACGACGACCAACCUAGAGAAGAGCGCUCCAGAUCCACCUGGGCACAGGUUGUAUCUGGAGAGCAGGAUGGAAGAGAAGAAGGAUCCCCUCAAUGGAAUGCUCACCGACACAAUGCUGAGUUCGGAGAGCAUGAAAAGGGCGAGAAAGGUCCACGGUAUCAUCAGUCGAGUUCCCAUCCGUACAGUGUAAGAUUGGCUGAUCACUCCCUGGAGAGCAACAAUGAGGAGUGGACAACUGUUCCCGACCACAAUGACAGGAAGCCCCAGAAGCAAACACAUGAGGUUGGGUUUUACCGUCAAGAAGAAAGAGAAGAAAAAAUCCACCAGAGCGGCUAUAGUAGUACCCAUCAAUACAGCUGUGAAACCUCGAACAUUGAGGAGUGGCAAACUGUCAAUUCACAUCAUGUCAGGAAACCUCAUAGACAAUCUCAUGCGGAAAAAAUGGAACAUUGGCAUGGCUACAAGAGGCCAGCCAGUGAGCAGGAAUACGCUGAUGAAGUAAGCCACGUUGAUCUGGAACCGACAGAAGAGGAGCUUAACAAUCUCUCAGUAGCUUGUGACAAGCUUUGGCAACUUGAUUUGAACCGCUUGGUACCUGGGAAAGAUUAUGAGAUUGAUUGUGGAGAAGGGAAAAAGGCCUAUGAGAAGGAAGAUGUGGCACGAGGAGCUUUGUUUUCUUAUCUAAGUGAAGAUGUACUCCAUCGACCAAGUUACUCCCGAUUUUGUGCUCUUUUAGACAACUAUAAUCCAUGUCAAGGUGCUAAAGAGGUGACAACACCCGAAGAGAGACAGGAACAAGAUGCAUUCAUUGAGGAGAUUAGUAGGACUGCGCCAGUCAAGUAUCUGUAUAGAUAUCUUCUUUCAAAAGGGAUUAUUUCUGAGCAUUAUGAUGAUUUUAAGAGAAGGAUGAGAGCCAUAUGGUUUGAUCUUUAUGGAAGAGGCGGCGCAUCUAAUAGCUCUUCUGCAUUCGAACAUGUCUUUGUUGGUGAAAUAAAGGGCCGUGGGGAGAACCAAGUUUCAGGUUUUCACAACUGGAUUCAGUUUUACCUGGAAGAAGCUAAAGGGAGGGUCGACUAUCAUGGAUACAUUCUUCCUAGAAGGCGUGGACAUUUCCCAGAUUCAGAAACUCAACUGCUCACUAUCCAGUUCGAGUGGAAUGGCGUUCUCAAGUCUGUCUCUAGCACCUUGGUUGGUGUGAGCCCUGAGUUCGAAAUUGCUCUCUACACUGUAUGUUUCUUUGCAGGUGAAGAGGAUAACCACGUCCAGUUGGGACCAUAUCCUGUCAAUAUAAAAUGCUACCGACUUGGACAUGAUAAAAUUGGCUCUGCUUUUCCCAUAGCUCAGUGUUAGACGGCGCCAUCUAUGGGGAACUAAUUCAGCCUAGUAGAAUAACAUGGUUGUGGAAACAAACAUACUUGUGACAGUAUUUAAAUACAGACCUGCAUAUUUUAUCCUUGUGACACUAUUCGGAAAUCAAAAUACUUAUCAGUAUUUGAAUA